GACGCAUGCGUGCCCACAUCGGCUACGUGACGGUAGGAGCGUUGAGCACGUGAUUCAGGCGCGAGUUGGCUUACCCAGGAGGCAGUGCGCGCGUGUUUCUCGGACUCAGAGGUCAAGAUGGCGGGGAGGGCACCUGCUGCUGCCAGUGGGCGUCUGCUUGAGAGUAUUCGCAAAUGGUAUUACGGUGCAGCUGGAUUCAACAAACUCGAAUACAUAGGAAGCUACUGAGUCUGUCUGCCCUGACUGGCAGUGGCUCUCCAGGGGUUUCAGACAGGAGUCUUUCCCACCCCUACCUGGAGAUGGCAGAGAUUGAACCUGGGACCUUCUGCAUGAACAUAGGAAGCUGCCAUAUAAUGAGUCAGACCAUUGGUCUGUCUAGCUCAGUAUUGUCUUCACAGACUGGCAGCGACUUCUCCAAGGUUGCAGGACUUAUGCGAGAUGAUACACUCUAUGAAGAUGAAGAUGUGAAGGAAGCACUAAAAAGGCUUCCAGAAGAUAUGCGUAAUGAAAGAUUAUUUCGCAUCAAAAGGGCACUGGACUUGAGUAUGAGGCAACAAAUCCUUCCCAAAGACCAGUGGGUGAAAUAUGAAGAGGAUAAAUUUUAUCUUGAGCCAUACCUGAAAGAAGUCAUUCGGGAAAGACGUGAAAAAGAAGAGUGGGAGAAGAAAUAACUGCUGCUGUGAUUUAUAUGAGAAAUGGCUCUCUUACCAUAAACUCUCAAUGAUAUAGUCCUAGUGGAGGUCUAUUGAGGAAAACCUGGAUUCUGAGAAACAACUUGUAACUAUUUGCCCACUAAUAUUUGUUCAUCCAACUAAAAUAAACAUUACCAAAUCUGCCUGGAAUCCUGUCUCCUAAAUUGCAAGGAAUUGGUUCAAAUCUCUUUCAGCUACAUUGCAUGCUAAUGCAGUGAUUUUUGCCUUUCAUUCCAGCUGUUUGAGUAAUUCUUAUUGUCAUAAUACAGCUGUUUCCUGCAGCUGGGAGGGUAGAUAAGCAACAGACUUUGCUGUUUGUUUCCAUUCUUCAGAUUCAUGUUUAAAAAGGGAUACCCAUCUGCAGUGACUGUGUAUAUAUCCAUCAUCACCUCUUGCCUCUGGAGAUGAGGAGGCAGACACACACUUAAGUAUUCAGCAGCAGCACUAGAUAAGCAUUAUGUAAUACUCUUUGUGUCUACCCAAACACAUGGAAUGCUACAUUAAUAGAUGCUUUUGGAAUUUGUGUUUCCUGCCAAUCUUUAAAUAAAGGCAAUUGCCUCAUUUAACCUGAA